GUGAGAAAAGCCGCGGGGUUGGGUUGAAGGGGAGGGACUGUUCCUCCAUUGUUGCAGCAUUCGAAUCUCUCCUCUUUCACCUUAUCGGAAUCAAUUGCAGUAAUGGCCGGAGAGGACGAUGCUGCUGCUGCAACUCGUUGGACGUUCCAGGAUUUCAAGAGGUUCUAUGAUUCCACAUUUGGGAGAAAGAAGGAGUCGAAGUCCCGGAAUGGUGAGGCCUCUGAUGCGGCUUUGAAAAACGAGAGUACAUUGGGCACAGCGGCAAAUGGAACUGCGCAUGGGCCUGAAUUGGCCAUCUACGAGCAGUUCCGAUUGCAGCAGAGUGGCUCAAGUUCUGCACCUGGUGCUGUGCCCAACCGUAAUAUGGUGACUGUACAGAAGCCUUUGCUUCCUCCAUUGGAAUCUGCAGAAAUGCGCAACUUAGCUGAAAGCAUUGCUAGGGAUAUAAUACGUGGAAAUCCAGAUAUUAAGUGGGAAAGCAUCAAGGGUUUAGAACAGGCCAAAUGCUUACUUAAGGAAGCAGUGGUCAUGCCAAUAAAAUACCCCAAAUAUUUUCGGGGUCUUCUAUCUCCAUGGAAAGGCAUCCUCCUCUUUGGCCCUCCUGGAACGGGAAAGACCAUGCUUGCAAAAGCUGUUGCAACUGAGUGCAAGACAACAUUUUUCAAUAUUUCAGCAUCAUCUGUGGUGAGCAAGUGGCGAGGUGAUUCGGAGAAAUCUAUCAAGGUCUUAUUUGAGCUUGCUAGGCAUCAUGCACCAUCUACUAUAUUUCUAGAUGAAAUUGAUGCAAUUAUUAGUCAUCGUGGUGAAGGACGCAGUGAACAUGAAGCUAGUAGGCGUCUGAAAACAGAGUUGCUCAUCCAGAUGGAUGGGUUGAUGCAGACAGAUGAACUAGUCUUCGUUUUGGCAGCGACGAAUCUUCCCUGGGAACUGGAUGCAGCCAUGCUUCGUCGUUUAGAAAAGAGAAUACUUGUGCCUCUGCCAGAACCAGAAGCUAGAAAAGCUAUGUUUGAAGAACUUAUUCCUCAAUCUGGAGUUGAGGAACUUCCUUAUGAUAUAUUGAUGGAAAGAACAGAAGGCUAUUCAGGUUCUGAUAUUCGAUUAGUGUGCAAAGAGGCUGCUAUGCAGCCACUACGCCGCUUAAUGGCUCAACUUGAGGAACAGCAAAAAGAGUUGCCCGAAGAACAACAGGGAGUAGUGCAUGAAGAAGAGUUGCCCAAAGUUGGACCAAUCACAGCCUCCGACAUAGAGAUUGCCUUGCGAAACACGCGGCCAUCUGCUCAUUUGGAUGCUCCCCGGUAUGAAAAGUUCAAUGCCGACUAUGGAAGUCAAUUACGGCAUUGAAGGUACACACAAGUGCCCCACUUAUCCCUCUCAGCAGCCUUCUUAUAUGUGUAUGCUUGUUUGGUGUGUUGUGCUACAAGAGAAAGUAUUGAAUUGUGUUCCACUCAAAAAUUUAUAACUUACUGGUACCAUAGUAGAUUAAAUUUAUCAACAACCUUUGGCCCCAUAAAAUUCUGUGCUCAGUUCAAGGUCUCAUUAUCAUUGAAUUCUCAGAGACUUGAGUGUGGAAAGCUGUGCUUAGUAAUUAGUAGAUGUGAGACUGAUGAUGAACUACUUUUUAUUGAUGAAAUUGUUCUUGAUAUCUGAUAGAUGUGGGAGUUUUA